AAGCACACCGCUUGGUCAUCCCAUAAAAAGCUUCCACUUUGCUUUCCUUCUUCUCUCUCUCCAUUAUUCAUAUUAAUUUUAUUUGUUUUGUAAAAGAUAAAAUAAAAAAAAAUUAAUAACCAAAAUUUCUAUCUCAGUGAAAGUACCUCGGUCAUCGUGCAAACCCUCUUUCUUUCUCUCUAUCUCUCCCUCUCUCCUCUGGCGGUUUGAUAUAAUCUCUUUUUCUCUUGCCCUCUUCUUCCCAUCUCUACCUCUAUAUCUGUGUCAUCCUCUGAAAACUCCCUUACCUCUUCAUCCACACUCUCUUCCUUAUUUUACCUCCUUACCCAUUUCUCUUUCACGUUCACUUCUUAUCUCUCUACUACUCAGUUAGUUCUUAAACUUUUUUUUUUUUUUUAAUCAUCGGAAAUAAUAUUAUCCUUGGUUUCGCUAUUUCCAAAGACCCACAUCUCUUUCACGCUCACCGACGACACAAAUACAGAGAAAAAAAAAGAAAAGAAAAUGGAUUCUUCUUCUUCAUCAUCUCCUCAGAACUGGCUGGCUUUCUCUCUUUCCAACCACCCCCACUUGCACUCUCAUCCUCAACACCACCAUCUCUCUCUCUUCGAGGCCUUUACUUCUUCCAACCCAGCUAGUGUGGUUGAUACAGGUUCUCGUGAAGGAGAUGCAUCAGCUGGUGGUGCAACCGACAUGGUCAUAUUCACCGCUGCUGGCGGCGGCGGUGGUCCGAAGCUCGAAGACUUUCUCGGCGGUUGCGGUGGUGGUGGUUCUACAACUACUGCCACCACCACCAGCGCCGCCACACCGACACUGACUCAAUUUUCAACUGAAACCACCGCCAUAGCUGCUUUGCCAGACUCAUCGGAGAUUUACGACUCGGAGCUUAAAACGAUUGCCGCUAGCUUCCUUCGCGGUUACUCCUCCUCCUCCUCCAAUGAACACACUGAAACCGGCCGGAAUCAGCUUCCGGUUGUCCCUGUCGAACCCACCUCCAAGAAGACCGUCGACACCUUCGGCCAACGCACUUCUAUUUACCGCGGCGUUACACGGCAUAGAUGGACGGGUAGAUACGAAGCUCACUUGUGGGAUAACAGCUGCAGAAGAGAAGGUCAAAGUAGGAAAGGAAGACAAGGUGGGUAUGAUAAAGAAGAGAAAGCAGCGAGAGCUUAUGAUCUUGCAGCUCUGAAGUACUGGGGUCCGACCACCACUACAAAUUUUCCGGUUUCCAACUAUGAGAAAGAACUGGAAGAGAUGAAGAACAUGACUAGGCAGGAGUUUGUUGCGUCACUUCGAAGGAAAAGUAGUGGGUUUUCUAGGGGAGCUUCAAUAUACAGAGGGGUCACAAGGUAUGCAAGGCACCAUCAACAUGGCCGAUGGCAGGCAAGAAUAGGAAGGGUUGCAGGAAACAAAGAUCUCUAUCUUGGCACUUUCAGCACUCAAGAAGAAGCAGCUGAGGCCUACGACAUUGCAGCCAUCAAGUUCAGAGGACUAAAUGCAGUGACAAACUUCGACAUGAGCCGUUACGACGUGAAGAGCAUUGCCAGCAGCAACCUUCCCAUCGGAGGAAUGUCCGGAAAAUCCAAGAACUCAUCGGAAUCCAUCUCCGAUAGCAAAAGCAUUGACGGAAGCCGGUCGGUAACCGACGACCGCGACGGCCUCUCGUCGGCCUCGUCGGUGACUUUCGCUACCCAACCAACGUCAUCAACUUUAAGCUUUGCCAUACCAAUUAAACAAGACCCUUCAGAUUACUGGUCAAACAUCUUUGGUUUCCACAACAGUGCCAAAAGCAACCCUAGUAUUGCACCAACCUUGUUCCAUAAUGUUAAUACCUCAUCAUCAUCAGUCCCUUUCAACAUGGAUUUCUCAGCAGAAAGCAACAAUGGUUUUUUCAACACUAGUGGUACUACUGGGUAUGCUACUACUACUAGUACUACUACUACUCAGCAACAUCAACAUCAACAUCAACAACAACAACAACAAAGCAGUGUUAGCGUUAGUGGUAGUAGUGGUGGUAGUACAGUAGCAGCAUUUUCAACACAGAUUGCCUUGAAUAGUAACAAUGGUUAUGAAACUUCUUCUGGAUAUGGAAGCUGGAUUGGACCAACCCUUCAUACAUUCCAAACUCAUGCUAAGCCCAACUUGUUUCAGACACCAAUUUUUGGAAUGGAAUAAGAGAGAGAGAGCUAAAGCAAAGAAAAAAGAGGAUGGGAAUCUGUGCAAAAUGCGAAAAGAAAAGUGAAGCACAAUUGUUUUGGAGGUUUUGCAUGCAGGGAAGGGUCAACUUUUUUGUUGAAUGGAGACUGACAGAAAUCAUAAUUCACAGGACCAGAGAGCUGACACCCUUACUAACUUAAGUUUUUUUUUUUUUUUUUGGUUAAGAACAUGGUUCUUUAUCUUUAUCUUCUAUUUUUUUUUUCCCUUUCUUUUUUUAUUUUCUUUUUCACUUUUCACUUUUUCUUUUUUUACUGACAUGAUUUAUAAUGGGAAAGAAAUCCUUUUGUAAUCCUUUCAUCUUGUUAGUAUCAAAUUAUCAAUGUGAAAAAAAUGUUCCAUGUUUA